AUGCUUCGGAAAUUCAUAUUCUUGCAUUUCUCUACUGCUUUUUCUCCUAAAGUUCAUACAAUUUCUUCUCCUCUGAUUAGAAUUAACAAGUUCCAAUCACAAAUGGGGUCAUCGUCUGGUUCUUCGCCAAAAUUGCUUUUCCGCCAGCUAUUUGAGAAGGAAUCUUCUACUUACUCUUACCUUCUUGCCGAUGCUUCUCACCCUGACAAACCAGCCUUGUUGGUUGAUCCGGUUGAUAAGACAGUGGAUAGGGAUCUUUCUCUUGUGAAAGAAUUGGGUUUGAAACUUCUAUAUGCAAUAAAUACUCAUGUACAUGCUGAUCAUGUGACUGGCACUGGUUUGAUUAAGAGUAAGGCACCCGGAGUGAAAUCUAUUAUUUCCAAAGCAAGUAAUGCAAAAGCUGAUCUUUUCGUUGAGCCUGGUGAUAAGAUAUGUUUAGGUGAUCUCUUCCUGGAGGUUCGUGCUACACCCGGUCACACCCUAGGUUGUGUCACCUAUGUCACUGGAGAUGGACAUAAUCAGCCUCAACCAAGAAUGGCUUUCACAGGUGAUGCUUUGUUGAUACGUGGAUGUGGCAGAACAGAUUUCCAGGGUGGAAGUUCUGAGCAGCUAUACAAGUCAGUUCAUUCACAGAUCUUUACAUUGCCUAAAGACACAUUGGUGUACCCUGCUCAUGACUACAAGGGGUUCUCUGUCAGUACUGUGGGAGAGGAGAUGUUGUAUAAUCCCCGUCUGACUAAAGAUGAGGAAACAUUUAAGAAUAUCAUGGCAAAUUUGAACUUGUCGUACCCAAAGAUGAUCAAUGUGGCUGUCCCUGCUAACAUGGUUUGUGGCUUGCAAGAUGUUGAAUCCAAAGCUGGUUAA